AUUUCUAAAUGAGUAAACUCAACUUCUUAACGUCGGUGUCAUUUGGGCGGGUAGUACUUGUAUAUUAUUCGUUGGUUUGUCUAACUCCUCAGGACCUUCCUCAGACACUCACUUAUCCAUCCUCAUUAUCAGUCUCCACGAAACUUCUCAUUGACGACUCACCUACUCGUAUUUCAUCUACUCUCCUCCGCCUUCUCUUCCGGCUUCCCCCUCUACAUCUUCUUCUACUUCUACGGACCAGAGAAAUUCAUCUCUAGGUUUAGUCAACGAGGUGUUCAAUUUCCGAUUUUUGGUCGAUUUUGUUGAAUGAAAAGUCACAAUCACUGUGUUUUUGUCUCCAUCUCUUGCACCUAUUUACAGUCAUGCAAUCUGGGUUUGAUAUAAAUGAACUGCUACAAGCAGCUCACUCACGUUGGUUGAAGCCGGCAGAAGUGCUCUUCAUUUUGCAGAAUCAUGCAAACUACAAGAUAACUCAGGAGGCUCCUCAAAAGCCGCCUAGUGGUUCUUUAUUUCUUUUCAACAAGAGGGUACUCAGGUUUUUCCGAAAGGAUGGCCAUAGUUGGCGAAAAAAGAAGGAUGGCAGAACUGUCGGGGAAGCUCAUGAACGUCUCAAGGUAGGAAAUGCUGAAGCUUUGAAUUGCUAUUAUGCCCAUGGAGAGAUCAAUCCAAAUUUUCAAAGGCGAAGUUACUGGAUGUUGGACCCGGUGUACGAGCACAUCGUUCUUGUUCAUUACAGAGAGAUCACAGAGGGGAGGCUUAGUUCUGGACCUAUUGCAGAAUUGUCGCCGGGAGCAUCUUUAACCUUCAGUCAAAGCCCUAGUGCAUACUCUAUACAAAACUCAGAAUCAUCUAGUUUAAGUGAUGUUUAUGAAUCAUACCAGAGUCACUCAAGUCCUUGUUCGAUAGAAGUCAACUCAGAUGCAGCUAUGGGGAAAGGGAUUGGCUGUUUAAAUGGGUCAAAUGUUACUGGAAAUUCAAGUGUGGCGUCUAAUUUUGAUCAGUGUCUACGUAGACUAGAAGUACAACUGAGCUUGGAUGAUGACGACAGCCUGAAAAAAUAUGCUCCAGUUGAUGGUCAGGAUGGGAGUGAAGACAUAUUGACUUUGGAUGAUCUGUAUGGCAGUAGUUACACUGGAGAGUUGACUUUUUCGGAUGAUCCUUCACAACAACAGGAUUCAGGUGGCAUUGAAGUGCAUCACCAUUUUACUUCUGGCUUGGCACAAAGUAUUGAAAAUGGUGGAUCCUUCUUUUGGAAUGAUGCCCUGUUUAGGGAUCCUCUGGAUCUGAAGGCAGAAGGGAAAAAAGGAGAUAUCCUUCAUGCAAAUGGUACAGAUCUAUCUUCCUCUAGGAGGCCAGUUGAACAUCAGCAUCAAAAUUUUGGAGCUCUCACUAUUGGAAAAUGGACUGGAGCAGACAAGGAGACGAAUACCCUAUAUUCUUCCUCUCAAACAUAUUCUGCCACCCCAGAGUUGUCCACCAUGUUUCUUGAUCCAAGCUUUGGAGUGUCUGUUGGCACAGGUUCAGGUUUGACAGUUCCAAAGGAGCAGAAAUUCAUCAUUCGUGAAAUAUGUCCGGAAUGGGGAUUUGCUGAUGAUUCUACUAAGGUCAUUAUCAUUGGAUCUUUUCUUUGUGAUCCCUCGGAGUCUGAAUGGUUUUGCAUGUUUGGUGAUGUUGAAGUUCCACUACAAUUUGUCCAGAAUGGGGUCCUUUCUUGUCAGUCUCCCCCUCAUCCUACAGGAAAAGUGACCCUCUGCAUCUCUUCUGGAAACCGAGAGUCCUGCAGUGAAAUUAGAGAAUUUGAGUACCGUGAUAAGCAUUCUGCAAGUGUCAAUAGUGAUAAACAAGGAGAAACAAAAAGAAGUGCAGAGGAGAUGUUGUUACUCGUUAGAUUGGUCCGGAUGCUUCUCUCUAAUUCACCUCUACAAGGAGGAAACAAUUGUUUAGUAGCUGACAUUCCAAAGUGUAAUGAUGAUUUGUGGAAUCAAAUCAUUGAAGAUCUGUUAGUUGGUGGAGCUACUUCGAUUAGCACCCUUGAUUGGCUACUACAGCAACUUCUGAAAGACAAGUUGCAGCAUUGGCUUUCCUCCAGAUACAUGGAAAGAGGACCUGGAGACUGUUUUUUGUCAAGAAAAGAACAAGGAAUAAUUCACAUGAUUUCUGGUUUAGGCUAUGAGUGGGCUUUGAAUCCAGUUUUGGGGUGUGGAGUUGGCAUAAAUUUCCGUGAUAUAAACGGCUGGACUGCCCUGCACUGGGCUGCAAAGUUUGGAAGGGAAAAGAUGGUAGCUGCUCUUAUUGCUUCAGGAGCAUCAGCCGUGGCAUUGACUGACCCCAGUUCACAUGAUCCCACUGGUAGAAAUGCAGCGUACAUUGCUGCAAAAUAUGGGAACAUGGGACUUGCUGGUUAUCUGUCAGAAUUGGCUCUAACUAGCCAUCUCUCAUCCCUCACUCUGGAACAAAGUGAACUCUCCAAAGAUACAGCUGAUGUUGAGGCUGAAUCAACUGUUAUUAAUAUAUCAAAGAAAAAUGUGAACUCAGCUGAGGAUCAACUUACACUUAAACAAACCUUGGCUGCUGUUAGGAAUACUGCUCAAGCUGCUGCUCGCAUUCAAGCUGCAUUUCGUGCACAUUCCUUCAGAAAGAGACAACUUAGAGAAGCAGCUUGCUCAAGGGCUGAUUCUGAUCUAGAUGAUUAUGGUUUCACUAUUAAUGACAUUCCGGGACUUUCUGCUGCAUCAAAAUUGAUUUUCCAUAAUAUGCAUGAUCAUCAUAAAGCUGCAUUGUCUAUUCAGAAAAACUAUCGGGGUUGGAAAGGCCGGAAGGACUUCUUAACUCUGCGCCAGAAAGUAGUGAAGAUACAGGCCCAUGUAAGAGGUUAUCAGGUUCGAAAGCAGUAUAAAGUUAUAUGUUGGGCAGUUGGUAUUCUAGACAAGGUUGUACUGCGUUGGCGUCGUAAAGGAGCUGGUUUGCGGGGAUUUAGAUCAGAGUCGGAUUCUGUUGAUGAAGAUGAUGAAGAUAUUAUCAAGGUCUUCAGGAAAGAGAAAGUUAAUGUCGCUAUUGAUGAGGCUGUCACAAGAGUGCUAUCCAUGGCUGAAUCUGCUGAAGCCCGCCAGCAAUAUCAUCGAAUGCUUGGAAGAACACAGGAAGCUAAGGCUGAGCUACGAGGCGUAACAAGUUCAGGGGCUUCAGUUUUCCGAGAUGGCGUUUCCUACAUGGAUAACGAGGAUAUCCCCACCUUCCUUGAAAGUCUUGAUUGAUCCUCAUCUGUACGCUGUUAUGAAGAUUUGUCUAACUACAGCUUGCUAAAUCGGUUUGAUUUGAUUUUAGUUUACUAUGGUUAAUGGUUAAUAGGUAUAUAUUUCGAAUAUAUAGUAGAUGUAUUGUGUUCUGCUAGUCCACCAUGAAGAUGUAAAAGUUAGAUGUAAAUUUCUGUAAAUAAUACUUGAUGUAUCAAAUAAUUUAAUUUUUAAUCAAGUAAAACAUGUUUGUUUAAUAUAUUAAAUAAAA